AUGGUCCCCUCACACUUGAUCCAAGACGCGGUGGCACUGGACCGACUCUCGGGCGUGGUCCGAAAGACCAAGAAACGGGCACCCAAACCCCGCCCGGUCAAUGGCUUUGAGGCCGACCAGGACCUGCGUGUCCGGGUGGCAGUCUACAACCCCUUGCCCGACCAGGUCACCCUCGACGACAUACGUAUCCUGGGACAUGCCACGCCCGCCCCCUCUGCCGCCGCAUUCGCCCUCAGUCCGCCUCCCGAUCACCAUCGGGACCCCCCAGGUCGGAAUCUUGGCCCCGGCCGGGAACCCCCAGGUCGAUUGGACAUCCGCGGGGACCUGCAAGCGCCGCCUUCUGAAGACACAAGUCCGUCGGAGAAGCCGGCGGAUAAGCCGGCUCUGCGGACGUCCGUGGAGGUUUGCGGCUUCCGGCGCGUUUUCGCAGCUGGUGCGUUGGCGGUUUACGAAGGCGUGCUUCCGCGCACACACGUGCGCGCCGGCACGGUCGUGAUACUGGACGAACUGGUGACCCAGGCCAUGGGAUGCCGUUUCUCCCAGCGUCUGGUUGCCUCCCCGGCUACAGGCGAUGGGCCAGCAACUCCCGGCUCCCCCGCCCCUAGUCCGGGGUUGUUCCCGGUUUCACCCCCGGGGGGGCCAAGCGACACGACCGAUUCGGUACCGGGGUUGUCGGGAAGGCAGACACGGAUUCUGUGUGCGGAUGGGUCGCCUCAGGCCUGUGUGCGUCGAAGUGCGCCGCCGAUUUACGUGCAGCCGCAGGCGGUGCGGUUCGAAGUGCUCUCGGCGGCAUCCGGUUUCCCGUUUCUGUUCUGUGGCGAAGUGGUGGAGUUGCGGCUGCGCUUACGUCCGGCGCCGCGGCGGGUAUUCCUAGCGGGCACCCGGCUUUGGUUGGCUCUGAAGAGCGAGUUACUGGGUGCAGAGCGCAGUUGCUGGCACGCGCGUCUGGAAACGACGGGCGACGCGGAGUUGGUCGCGCGGGUGCAGGCGGAGCCGGGUCCGUACGUCUUGCGUGCAGCCGUGGAGGGCGCGGGUGGCGGCUUGUUUGGGCGCGACGUCUUAGGCCAUGCGCGCCCCUUGCUGCAGACCGCGCUGGCUCCAAGCCCGCUCGGCUCCGGCCUCGUCUACGACCUGCGCAACCUCAGUCAAGACGCACCUCUUGCCCUCGCCUUCGCCCAUUCCGCGGAAGACGCCAGUUCUGAAGACGCCAGUUCGGAAAAAGCACCCUUGGCGACGAGGAAGGCGCUGGAACCGCGGUGGAGCAACCUCGGCACCCUCGCCCCCGGUCAGUGGACCGGCGGCUACCUCCACCAACCCGACUCGACAUCCGCCGGUGCGCCGCCACCGCUCACCGAUAUAGCGCACGCCAUCGCACGACAAACCAAACAACACUUCGUCCACUGGACGCACCUCGGCCCCGGCGAACCGCGCUUCGGCUUCGCGGAAGUACCCACAAACUCCGCCAAUCCCUAA